AUUCGGCCAGUGGCCACCGCGGCGUGAUGGCGUGUCUCAGUUUAUUACGGACUAGCGGUUUAUUUUUAUUGUUAUUCUUAAUAACAAACGCCUACGCGGUGUUCCAACCAUGGAUAUUCGCAGUGAGUGUGAACAAAAGCAGUUGUGCCGAACAAAAAUGUGUUUUAAAUUUGAAUUUGGAAGUUUCGAACGUGGAUUCGUGGUCGUUAACCCGAGAGCCGGCGGUUCGCGGAGCGCUGUGCAAUCCUACAAUCACCAAGGAUGUUUUAGAUACUGAAUUAAUUGUUCAGAAGAAUGAUAGAAUGUUUUUCUGUGCCAAAGUCGGCGAGCAGUGGCUUCACCAAGGAGUUGAUUUAUAUUUGGACGGUGACGUCAUAGGAAUCAGCAAGCAGCUGGAAAACCUGGAACUCCUGGACGACGUCACCGACGUCGACAACAACGUCAGUUACGCCGACAAUGACGUCAACGGUCUGCGGAACGACGUUGACGUUAACAGGAACCGUGACGCCGUUAGUGACGUCGUGGUUGAGACCUGGGCUUAUCUGCCAAAUAAGCUGGUGGAUGUCAAUACGGUAUCAGAACCCAGCAAUGAAGUCAACUCGGAAUGGGGAGAAUUCCAAGACACAGAAAACGAAACCCUUUCAAGGCCUAAACGUGAAACUGGAAAUUCUACAGUCAACCCAUCAGACACCAGCCUCGGCCCUAAAAACGCAAACGUUAUAAAUAAUAUCAAAGUAAUAGGUUUUAGAAUUGAAGAGUCUGAGAAGGAACCUAAAAUUGUGGAUGAGAUGAUACCUAGUGUGUUGAGGAAUACUCAAUUUCAAUUGAGGUUGUUUGGAGAGAAUUUUGUUAAAGGAAUGGAAAUUGCGUUUACACAUACGAAGUCGGCGUACGGAGAUGAGUGCGUGCAUUUAUUGGAUGAGACGUAUAAGGUAGAAGUGGACUCCGAAGAAAACGCUUACAUAUCCCUGGUAGCACCAUACCCCGCAGACACGCCCGAAGGCCACAAAUUCUACUUCUGCAUCAGAGACUCCCCCUCACGCCCCUUCAAGCAUCAAGGAACCGACACUUGGAAAAUACUUGGAACCCAUCACAAAUUGCUACCUCUCUGGGUUUCUAUCAUCUUAAUCAUCAUUCUUCUAUUACUAGCUUCACUGUUCUCUGGAUUGAACUUAGGUCUGAUGGCUUUAGAUAGAACAGAGCUGAAGAUAAUAGCGAAUACAGGAACAGAGAAGGAAAGGAGAUAUGCCAGAGCGAUUAUGCCUGUCCGAUCGCACGGAAACUAUCUCCUCUGCACGAUUUUGCUGAGUAACGUCGCUGUUAACAGCACUUUUACAGUGAUUCUUGAUGACCUGACGUCUGGGUUGGUGGCUGUUAUAGGAUCAACGCUGGCUAUUGUGUUUAUAGCUGAGAUAACGCCGCAGGCUGUGUGCGCUAGGCAUGGGUUGUUUGUUGGUGCUAAGAGUAUUUGGAUUAUGAAGAUCGUGAUGGGCAUUUGUGCCCCAUUGGCGUGGCCGACGAGUAAGCUCCUGGACUACUUCCUAGGCGAAGAGAUAGGCACACAUUACAACAGAGAAAGGCUAAAGGAGUUGGUUAAGGUGACCAACCACGUGAAUGACCUGGACAAAGAGGAGGUGAACAUCAUAUCUGGCGCCCUGGACCUGAGGAAGAAGAAGGUUCAGGACGUGAUGACCAAGCUGGAUGACUGCUUCAUGCUGCCCAUUACCAGUGUGCUGGACUUUGAGACCAUGUCCGAGAUUGUCAAGUCAGGCUACUCCCGUAUUCCGGUAUACGAAGGCCACCGCGGCAACAUCGUGACGGUGCUCUUCAUCAAGGACCUGGCCUUCGUGGACCCCGACGACAACACGCCGCUGCGGACCCUCGCCCAGUACUACCAGAACCCCUGCAACUUCGUCUUUGAGGAUGUCACGCUUGAUGUCAUGUUGAAACAGUUUAAGGAGGGUCACAAGGGUCACAUGGCGUUCGUCCAACGCAUCGACCGCUCUGGCGACGGCGAUCCGGUCUACCAGACCGUCGGUCUGGUGACCUUGGAAGACGUCAUAGAAGAGAUGAUCCAAGCGGAGAUCGUCGAUGAGAGUGACGUCAUCACUGACAACCGCACCAAGAAGCGUCUAGCGCGCCCGCUGAACCGCUUCCAAGACCUGGCGGCCUUCGCGGGCCACCAGCCUCAUCGAGUCCACGUGUCUCCACAGCUGGUGCUGGCUACCUUCCAGUUCCUCUCCACUAGUGUGGAUCCGUUCCGUCCAGAGAUGAUCUCGGAGACGGUGCUCAGAAGACUGCUGAAGCAGGAUGUGGUGAAGCAUAUCAAGUUGCGAGGAGACGAAGACAGGAACGACCCGAAGGCCUACGUCUUCCAAGAGGGUAGACCGGUGGACUACUUCGUGUUGAUUCUGGAAGGUCGCGUGGAGGUGACGGUGGGACGUGAAAACCUCGUGUUCGAAGCCGGGCCUUUCACGUACUUCGGUAUACAAGCCCUUACGCAGAACAUCGGUGUCGCUGAGCCCCAAUCCCCUUCGGCGCUGGGUUCUCUCCAGAACCUGAAUAUGGACAGCAUGUUGCGUCACCCGUUCGUUCCUGACUACUCGGUGCGAGCUAUAGCUGAUGUGUACUAUCUGACAAUCAAACGUUCGAUGUACCUGGCAGCGAAGCGCGCCACUCUGAUGGAGAAGGGCGCGCUCACGAAGGGCAACACCAACGAACAGAUCGAACCAGAAGUUGACAAGUUACUUCGUGACGAGGGAAGGGAAACAGACGCGACACCUCAGCCGCAGGAGCCCUCAUCCAGCCCCGCGACCCCCAACCAGAAGGACAACCCAGAGGAGGAGGCACUACUCAAGAAAUAGACGACGCGGCCGACCUCAAUGUAACAAGCAGAUAUACUAGCUCAGACAAAAUAAAUAAUAGUACCUACAGAAGGUUCACUCU